GGCAGGAUUCGUACUUUGUUUAAUUUCUUCUUCUGAUUUUACCAAACCGGUGAUUCUUUGCAGACUCCAGCCAGGCUUGGAAAGUUGUUGUUCCAGUUCUCGGGAUAUUUGAUGCUACAAUUCCAGAUGUGUCAUCUCCAUCCCGUCUGUCAGGAUGUCUCCGUCCCCCCGCUUCUUCACAGAGAGGGAGGUGGCCCGUCACUGCACCAAGGACUCCUGCUGGGUGCUGCUAGGGACCAGGGUGUACGAUGUAACCGCCUUCCUGCGGAUGCACCCGGGCGGGGAGGCGCUCAUACUUCGCCGCUCGGGCAAGGACAUAAGCCGGGAGAUAGAGGGACCCCCGCACCGGCACUCGGAGAACGCCCGGCGGUGGAUGGAGCAGUACUACAUCGGGGAGUUGGACAAGACCAGCGGCAGCGACGAGGCACAGACUCUGAGAGAAAGGAGGAGACAGACGGCUGAACAGACGGAAGGAAAGACGACAGGGUCACAGGCCGUGGAGGAGGAAGAGGAGGAAGAGGAGGACUCCCCCUACAACCUCUGCAGCCCCGUAGACCUGGAAACGGAUUUAGUGGACUGGAGGAAGCCACUGGCGUGGCAGGUGGGCCACCUCGGUGAGAAAUAUGAUGCAUGGGUUCAUCAGCCGGUGGACAGACCAAUCAGACUGUUCGGAAACCCCUUUCUGGAGGCCAGCACCAAGACUUCCUGGUACUGGGUACCAGUGGUGUGGCUUCCUAUUGUUUUUUAUCUCAGCUGGUCCUGCUACAUGACACUGGCUCAAGGCACAACCAGGAUAGUCUUCACUUCAGACUUCUCCGUCCUGGUCCAUAAAUACACUUUUCUGUUGCUCUUUAUGAUGGGCUGGUUCUUGUGGUCCUUCAUGGAGUACUGCAUCCAUCGCUUUGUCUUUCACAUGAAACCACCAGCCCAUAACUACUACCUCAUCACACUUCACUUCCUCCUGCACGGACAACACCACAAGUCUCCGUUCGACGGCUCCAGGCUGGUCUUCCCUCCAGGCCUGGCCUCCCUAAUGGUUGGAAGUUUCUACGCCAUCCUUCAGUACGCUUUCCCAGAGAUCAUCGGGAAGUGUUUGUUUGUCGGAGGACUGUGCGGCUACGUGGUCUACGACAUGAUUCACUACUACCUUCACUACGGCUCGCCGAAGCGAGGGUCGUACAUGUACGGCCUGAAGGCCUACCAUGUAAAACACCACUUUGAGCACCAGAGGGCAGGUUUCGGAAUCACCACGACGUUCUGGGAUCAUCCCUUCAACACAGUCAUUCCCGAUGAAAAAUUCUAAUACAGACCCGGCUCUGCUGAAGGGCCUCAGGACUUUUUUAACUACUCACCGUAGCCCCCCCCCCCCCCCCCCCCCCCCCCCCCCCACCCCCCC